AUGGUUUCUGAAAUAUGGCGAGCUGAGCUGGAAGAAAUUAUUGAAGUGGCAAUUGUUGACAGCGAUUCCUGGGUUGCAAUGAUUGCAGAAAUAAUCAAAACUUAUCCAAGCCUUGGUGCAUUAAACUUAGAUAUCAGGGAGCAAGGAGACAAUCAGCGUAUUGUCCAAGAUCUUGCAAGUGAACUACGAAGAGUUGUUAAGAAGCACAAUGAAGUUGGCUUACUGCCCAUGGAGUGCAGCUACCUCAACAGAAGUGCCUUUCUUGUGGCAGCUCCUCAGCAACCUGUCAUGAUGAAACACUUCAACUUGAAGCGGAAACCUAAAGCUGCUGCCCUGAGAGCAGAGCUGGUGACGCGCUCUAGUGAUGCUCAAGCUAAUAUCAAGAAAAGUCAACUUCCAACUGUACCUGUCAGGUCCAGGGGAAUGCCGCGCAAUAAUGACUCAAUUCCAAUGCGUGGCAUCCCACGGAGCCUGUCAGGUCCUGGCAUGAUGAGGAACUCUUCUCUGACGCCACUCUCGGCGAGGCCGUCACGCCCUCCUCUCACAGCGCGCAGGAAAGACGGCGGCAUAAAGCUGCUUGACAUCAACGAAAGCCCCAUUGCCGCCCAGCAGGCAAAGAAAAGAAGAAAAUUGCAAGAAGCUGCUGAAAAUAAAGCAGCAGAAGCAGAAGCAAAACAACAGAAACUGCAGCAACAACAAGAAGCUGCUGCUGCGAAUGCAGCUGCUCAAGCUGCUGCAGCACAACAACAGCAACAGCAGCAACAAGAGUCUUCCACAGAUGCGCUCGACAACUCAACAGAUGCUUCUGACAUGCAGAAAUUGACGCCUUUAGAACCGGUAGCUGAGGUACAGGAUGAUGUUGCUACUCCUGACUAUGCAGCUGGCCUUACCCCCUCCCAACCCCCAACCCCUGGGGGACCUCCUGCCCCCCAGGCCACCCCCAUUCUCUCCAAUGCUGUCGCUACUGCUGCUGCUUUACAAGUUGGAGGAAGUGUGCAGCUACCAGCCGGCACCAUCAUAUCCCGACAAAGUAUCCAGAGUUGUACAGCAUCAAGUCCCCCGCAGCCACAGCAGCAGGGGGUCGUAAACUUGCCUGGGCUGGGCACACACCAGCGCAUCAUCGUCACACAGACGCCGGGUGGAGGGGAACAGAGAUUCAUCCUCACCGACGCACCAGGUGCUGGAGCAGGCGAGCAAAGAAUAGUGCUAAGUGGAGACCAGCGGAUAAUAAUAACCCCAGCAAAUGCAGGAGUUGGAGCAGGAGAGCAGCGUAUCCUCCUCACCAACCCCAGCACCGGCGUCACCACAGAACAGCGCGUCCUGGUGACGCCUUCUGGUGGAGAACCGCGAAUUAUUAUGGCGCCCGCUGGGACGGGCGGGGAGCCACGUAUUAUAUUGGCAAGCCCUUCUCCAGCAGGAGGAGAACCGCGUAUUUUAGUUACUCCUGGCUCUCAAGGCACAAUAUUACAACAAAGUGCUACUGGACAGACGCUUGUGUAUAGAACAUUACCGGCAGCUGCCCAGCAAACCUACUCAGAACCUCAGCAGCUCAGCGAUAACUCUCAGCCUCAGUAUGCAACUCUUCAGCCGGUGCAGCCAGAAGUUCUGUACGCCCUCAGCACGGCGGCCGGUGACGGUGGCGUGUCCCAGCAACAGGUAAUAGCAUUAAGCACCCAGCAGCAGGCACCAGCAACUGUGCUACAGCCUGCCGCUACUGCUGUGUCUGCUACCUCAGUGCAGCAGCAGGUGCAGGUGCUCCCCGCUCAGCAGCAGCAGCAACAGAAGAGAAACCUCACUUUAACGAAAGAGCAGAUGUUGGAGGCACAGGAAAUGUUCCGCACGAGCAACAAAGUGACGCGCCCUGAGAAGGCCCUCAUCCUCGGCUUCAUGGCGGGAUCUCGGGACAACCCUUGCCCUCAUCUUGGCAACAUCGUCACCAUCAAACUCUCUGAAGGGGAGGAGACUGUAAACCAGCCCGGAGGAACUUCCAUCAACAUGCUGGCAGAGACGCAUUUCCAGAUGAACUACAACACAGGCGAGUGGCGGCGCAUCAAGAAGUACCGAACACUGCCUGUUGAUCAGCAGGCAGCGCAGUGAGGUGGUUACUCACAGAGGCGGCCACUCAAGGAGGCGGUCGCUCACAGAGGCGGCCGCUCACAGAGGCGGCCACUCACAGCAUCGGCGAGUGGCGGCGCCAUAAGAUAUUCCGCCACUAGAAGAUCUGAUAAGAUGGCAGGGUUUAGGAUGUGACCUGACGUGUGGAUUCGUUCAUUGGUUCAUGUUGAGUGAACUUUCGAAAGGGAGCGAAGACAUGUGCAUCUAGCAUUUUAUACUGUUAUCUGAUCGCGUCUGCCCUUCCAGAUAGUAAGAUAAAAGUAUAUAUAUUUGCAUCAUUCCAGUGAUGUUGAUGGAGAACGUUUCAUUUUACUUAUAUGUGCGUUUUGUAAAUUUUUCAUCUUAACUCGGUUCUCUUUGUCUCUUAAUUCAUUUUCAUGAUACACGAUUUAUUAUAUUUGAUUCACCAUCUACAUCUCCUUGAUGUAACUUAAUACAUAUGAUAGGUAACUUCGUACCUGGUUCUAGCAAUGACGUAAAUCUGUUGUCGUGAUAGUUCUGUCAGCAAAAUUUUCAACCCUUUUAAAUUUUUAUAUCUUCGAUGUCAUGCGUUACUCUUGUUACCAGGAUACUCUUCUCAUUAUCCAGGUUACUCCUCUUGUUACCAGGAUACUCUUCUCAUUAUCCAGGAUACUGUUCUCAUUAUCCAGGUUACUCCUUUUGUUACCAAAGGCAAAUGCUUAAACUUUGGUGAUCGCUGCAACACGUCAUCCAGUCUGACGUGGCAUCUUGCAGGUUUAUCAUUGUCACUACCUCAUCAUGCAUUGGCCUUUACAUUUAUUGGAUAAUUAACGCAACAUUUCUUCCCUCCCUAUUUUUAUCAUUGUUACCUUCUUUCUUUUAUAUAUUUUUAUUGUGUGCAAAAAAUAGUUAGGUUGUUUUGCUUCCAUACUGAAUGUUCUUAUAAAUGAAGUUUUGCUGCAGGAACCUGAAGGGAACUGUAAAAUUUGCUUCCAGUUCACGAACAUUUCAUAUCAGUUUUUUUGUGUUCGCUUGAGCGGGUUUAAUGAAAAUUAAAUGUGUUAUUUAUCUUACAAUAUUUUAGUACAAGCUUGUAGUGCGUUAAAGUGCUGAGGUAUGAUAUAUGAUUUCGAAGUGUGAUUAACAUCCAUCAUUAGUCAUUCACGAUAUCAUUUUUUGUAAAUAACUAAUCUCAUUUUCGUACAUAAUUCAUUGUUGAAACUCCAACAAUCACUAAACUACAUUAUUGUUUAAAGCCAAGUGCGUAUAUGUAUUGUUCGAUGAAAUGUUCAAAUUCAACACUAUGAAGUAAUGUUAUUUCGUUUCUAUGUCUUGAAAUAAUGUUGCAUUUCUGCGUAUCUUAUAAGUUGGUGUUGAGAUGAACUGUGGUGCGUGUUUCUAGAAGACGAACGCAAGUUCGUAACUCCUGGUCCGGAGUGUCCGUUGUAAGAUUCAGUACAAUGACUUCUUGGUAUUCUCUCUUGCCUGACUUGUGUAAACUACAGCUUUAUAUGUUAUACAUGUGUGCCUCCUCUUGUCUAGCUCUACUUUGGAGUUACAGUCCACCAUUCCUGUCGUCUCCAUCACUCUUCCUGUCCAUCUUUCAACUGCAGUUUUUAUCUUUUACUACUUUAUUCUGUGUUCUUCAUUUCUGUUGCAGUCCCCCUCCCUUUAUCUUUAAGCGCCGCUGCCCGUUAACUGCUUCUACUUCCUGCAGUUGGUCAACUAUUUAUCACUUUUGUAGCGCAAUUUAUUUUCCUACCACAAUUCAGAUUUUGCUAUCUCUCAAUGCGGGCUCUUUUUAAGUCCAAUGUUGGCAGUACGAUAACCUUGUAUGAAGUGAGUUAUAAUAAUUCAGCACGAAUAAAAAGGGCACUUUAUUUUCGACAAAGCGAUUUGAACUAAUUUUGGCUACUAUGUUGUACAGAUGUGUAAUGUUAUAAGAUAAACCACCAAACCUGACGUGUAUGAUAUCGCUCUUGUUUUGAAAUGUAAAACUUGUGCAUUAAUAAUAAUAAAACCUGA